AUGCGCCUUCCCUACGUCGCCAACCCCCCGCCGACAGCGUCCGUCUCCGAAGCCGCCAUCGUAUCACGCAUCACGGCGCGACGAGCACCACGCCCCCUGCAACCACUAGACCUCGCCCUACUGCACGCGCCAGCCGUCGCCGACGGGUGGAACUCGUUCCUGGGCGCGGUGCGGACGCAGACGAGCCUGGCGGCGGACGUGCGGGAGCUGGCGAUUUCGCGCGUGGCCGUGGCGAACCGCGCGUGGUACGAGUGGGCGCACCAUGCGCCGCUGGCGGUCGCGGGCGGCGUGGCGGCUGCCGGCAUGGACGUGGCCAAGCGGCCCGAGGCGCUGGAUUUGUUGUUAGAGACGAGAACGCCGGAGGGGCUCACGGAGGCCCAGUGGGUCGUGCUGUGCUUUGCCGAUGAGAUGACGCGCAAUGUUGAGGUUAGGGGCGGGACGUUUGCCCGGCUCAAGGCGCUGUUUAGCGAUAAGGAGGUGGUGGAGAUCACGGCGACGGUGGCCUGCUACAACUGCGUGAGCCGCUUCCUUGUGGCCUUGGACGUGGGUGAGAAGAACGGGCUGGGACCCGAUACGGCGCAUUGA